AUGGCAGAGCAAGAUACCAGCUGUGUUGUUUACAUUGCUCACUUACCAGAUGGUUUUGAAGAGAAAGAAAUGAAGAAAGCACUUGGAGAAUUUGGUACUGUUAAAAAUGUUCAGUUAGCGAGAUCUACAAAAACUGGUAAUUCUAAACAUUAUGGCUGGGCAGAAUUUGAUAAUCCAGAAACGGCAAAGAUAGUUGCAAAGUCUUUUAACAAUUAUCUAAUCCUUGACAAAAAAUUAGAAGCAAAAUAUCUUCCAUCUGCACAAGUUCCGCCAAAACUCUUUACAAACGCACGCACUAGACCUAAGAAGAUAAAUCAUGAUCAAUUACCAAAGAAAGAGUUCGCAUUAAAAUUAGCUCGCCAAGAAAAGAAGAUAAAGGCUGCCUUAGAAGCAGCUGGUAUCAAAUAUGAAUGGCCAUCAUUUAUAGCUCAGUUUGAUGCUAAUGGAGUUGCUAUUCCUGAUGAAGAUCCAAAAUCUAAGAAAGCGGAAUAA